AUGAGAAGAAUGUCCGAACAUCAAGUCUGGGUUUUUGGGAUAGUUGAUACAAGUUAUGUAUCAACAAGAAGAUACAUAGAGAUUGUAGCCCAAAAAGAUAAAGCCACCCUCUUUGAUAUUGUUCGAAGAAUAUGUUUGCCUGGUACGAUUAUUCAUUCAGAUCAAUGGGCUGAAUAUAAAGAUAUUACAGGCUUGAGUUUUAAACAUUAUACAGUAAACCAUUCCUUAAAUUUUGUUAAUCCUGAUAAUGGUGUUCAUACGCAACAUAUUGAAUCGUAUUGGAAUAAGAACAAAAUUUAUAUUAAAAAAAUUAAAAGACGUUAA